CUGCAAAGCAUUUUCCUCAAAAUUCCUGGCGCGGCCGCACGGAAGCCAGAACAGUUCCCGCCAAUGGCGACGACCGUAGAACCCUUGUUCCAGAUGCUGGCUGGCUCUUUACUCAGCACAAUGGCAGAAGGGAGUGAUGAUGUCUUCCAAGACGAGACACCUUCUUCCGUAACCUCCUUGCCUCCUCAAGAAGACCCCUACGCCAAUUACACAUGGCUUCGGAAGACUCUUCGUUGGUAUCCUCCUGUUUUUGCGUCGAUAGGAAUUCCAGGUAACAUCCUGAUUAUCGUGACGCUCAUCAGAUGCAGACGGCGGCUACUGCAGCCUCUGCCGCCCUACUGUUACCUGCUAGCCCUGGCCGUGUCGGACCUGCUCUACCUGGUCUCUGUCCUGGUCCUAUCACGCACGCUCAAAACCAUGACCUUUCACCUCCCGGAUCCCGACUGGUAUUAUGGGAAAUUCUGUUCGUACAACGUGGUUGUUGGGUACACGGCGUCGUACGCCUCGGUCUGGACGGUGGUGGCCUUCAGCGUGGAGCGGUACAUCGCGAUCUGCCACCCGUUCAGACACAGGGUAGGAUCAUCGCUUAAGCUGACGAUCAAGGUCAUCAUGGUGGUGUGGCUCUUCUCGUUCCUGCUGGCCCUGCCCUACCAUUGGCUGGUGGGUCCCAGUCACCUGACAAAAUUCGUAAACGGCCGUAACGUCACCGGUGAUUGGUGCAAACCGAUAGACAGAGGAGUGACGUUUACCCUCUCCCUGACAUGGGUCUCCACAGUUUUCCAUUUUCUAGUUCCGUUUACCCUAACAAGUAUUUUCGCGAUACAGAUUGCAUGGGCUAUAAGGAUGUCAAGGUCAAGGGUUAAGACGCAUGCGCGCUUCCACCCAACUUCCCAGACUGCCCUGUCAUACAUGUUAGUACUACUGUCCUCUGUAGCUUUGGUGCUUCUCAUGCCAAUGAAAGUUUUGAAACUGUACAUGUAUUUCAAAGGUCUAGCGCCCACCUCCCCACAAAUAACCCUCCUUUGGCACUCCUUCACCAUGCUAUUCGACAUGAAUUCCUGCCUGAAUUUUUGCCUGUACUAUCUAGCCAGUCGGAAGUUUCGAAAAGCCCUGAAAGACAAAGUCUUCUGUUGUCUUCCUAGAGACAAGCUCCAUAGAGCGUCAACUUUGAAAAGCGGCGCAAAAGUAGACGACAUUGAGUUGAAAACUUUUGCUUCUACCCCUGCAGCAUUGUCAGCUCCUACGUUUCAAUUUGAACAAUGAAAUGUGAAGCUUAUGAGACAAGCUAAGGUUUCUAUUCCGAUAGAAAAUAAGCAGUUUGAAAUUUGUAAUGCUUUAAUGCAGUUAUCAGCCACGAUUCAAUAUUGCAGAUCUUGCCAUGCUGAAAUGAAGCCGUUGUGAUAGGUGUGGAUAGGCGUGGCAGGUCUUACAAUGUAAUAUAACGUAAUAAACAGUGAUGUUCACUUUAGACACAUGAAUUGAACUGCAAAUCUAUAUUCCUCAUGCGUUUGGACAAACCGAUCAUAGCUAAGCCCAUACAAUCCUACAUUUUUAAUUUUGGUCGUUGCCAAAAAGCGAGAAGAAGUCGAAGUAUAUGAUGUGGAUUAGAUAUACAAUACGUUUACAUGUACUAUAUAGUAUUUCUGAAUCAGUUGU